AUGGCCUCGACAUCGGACGCAGCGCUCAAGGAAGAAAUUGCCCGACUAACAGGUGCCAUUAAUCAACAUAAAUCGACUCAGCAAUCCGUUGGAUCCUUCUCAGCCUCAAGGAGCAAUGCAUAUUUUAAUCCCAAGUACAGACCGCUAGCAUCUUAUAGACCCUCCGAAUAUCAGAAACCAGCAAUAAAAUUCAACCCCCCGUCCACAAGACCACCCCGUCCACCUCAGGCCUCGUCUACUCGUGAUGUUGUUAUCGAUGGCGUGACUUUUGAAUCGUCAACCAGAUCUCUCGUGCGCAAAGAUUUGCCAAAGGCUCCAUCAGUUCCACCCAAGGCUCCACUUCGGUCAACUCCCCAGCAAGUAGAUUUCUCCAGAACAACAACAGGACACUUGAUCCCGGCUGGCCGUGCAUACAAACCCAAGGCCUCCUCACGGGUUCGUCAGCGUCGCCCAAGAAACCGGAACAUGACUCUAGAUAACACUCGAGGUUCUCAACAGUCCGUCCACCGAUCAAGUCUCUGCUACAGAUUGAACCUGAUGACAUCUACUAGACGCAGAAAUAAGCGCAUGAAAUACCUGGACAAACCCUGCCCCCGCUUCACAACUACGGGUGCCUGCAGCCGCGGUCUGACUUGCAUGUACCAGCAUGAUCCUCACAAGAUCGCCAUCUGCUGGAACUUUUUGCAUGGAAACUGCUCCAGUACGGCUGAAACCUGUAACCUCUCACACGACCCGACCCCUGAAAGGACGCCUCUCUGCGUGCAUUUUGCCAACAACGGACGAUGCACUCGAGAAAAUUGUCACUUCCCGCACGUCCGUGUGGGACAGCAACACGGCGUGUGUCGUGACUUCGCAGUACUUGGUUACUGCGCCAAGGGCCUCGACUGCGAGAUGCAACAUGUCAGAGAGUGCCCAGACUUUGCUGAGAAAGGAAGCUGCUCGACAAAAGGAUGCAAGCUUCCACACGUCAUUCGUGCCAACCGCAACCGCAAGCCUCCAGCGCCAACAGCCUCACUGACUUCGGAUAUUGCUGCUGUUACUUCUUCCACUCAUGCCGCGGUCGAGGAUGCCCGGCUCGGGGAUGAGUAUAUUUCUCUUAUGUUCAAUGAAAGUGAGGAAGAAAGUGAUGAUGAUGAUGAUGACGAAGAGGAGGAUAACAGUGGCGAGGAAGAGGGCUUAAGCCCCACCGAUGAAGUAGAUGGCUCAGACGACGGUCCAUUGACCUGA